GUGAGUGACCUCCUGCCCAGGGCUUGUUUUACAGUCACUGAGAUGCGCUUACUGUUAUUUCAAAGAUCUGGCAACUGUUAGACAAGAGUAAACAGAGGGUGAUGAAGAGGGUACAACAGGACACCACACCUUCUCAUGCAGAUAGAGAAACUCAGUCUGGACAGAGAAUGCUGUUCACAGGACCAGAUGGCAUUGGAGAUUUCCGUCCCAGAUUGGACUAUUUCCCCCGCAGCAUUGGAAUCGGCCCGUUAUCUCCAGACGCCACGAGUGAUCUCAACUACCUCUUCCGGCCUGCAGCUGACGCGAGCCCGUCGUUACCGAAACACCGCUGCACCGGAGAAGUGGGCUGGGGUCUGCAGUACUCCACUGCACUCAAUAGGCGGACUGUCAUCAACAACAAACAAUAUGAGCCUUCAAUCAGCUGUGCAGGACGGAGCAACUCCCAGCCCAUUGUGAGCAAACACACACCAGUAACCACAGAGGGAAGGGUUAGAUUACCACCAGCUCCCCCUAUUACUCUAGAUGGUGAUGAGUUUCACUGGCAGGAAAUGGCUAGAGUGGAUGGAGAGAAAGCUUUUCUCCUCUAGUAAUCAAUAAUUCAGUGCUUGCACACAGGCACAUUCAGCCCCGGUUUCGGGACAAACAACUGACCUGCAGGAGGCUUGGAACCACAGCACACAUAAUACUUACAGCAAAGACGACAACAAACAGAUCCCACUUAAUGAAGUGAGAUAUAAACAAAUGAUACACAUUCUGGGAUGCCCGAUUGUAAUAUGAACAAUAAACUAAAAUUCAGUGUCUGAAUGUCUAAUCUCACCAUUCUCUCAUUUUUCUUCUCUCCCUGUCUGCAGUAAAGACAGUCAAUGAAAAAGCACUUCCAGACACAUACGUUUUCUCUAGAAAUUGAUACGAGGGCUAAGUCAAAUGAUUGUUGAAAGCUGCUUUGUGAUCAUUGAAUAAUUUAUUAUUCAUGCAUCUUGCAUGUUUGCAUCUUUCUUUGCUGUACUGUUCAUUUCUUGGUUCAUUAAAUCUCCUUGAUAUGA